AUGGAUCAAACUUCAGCCUCGCGAAUACAGUCGGCGGCCGGGCCUAGAAUCACCACGCCUGCCGAAACAACCAAACAGAUUGAGGAGAACCGAUUCAAAGCGAAAGCCAUCCAAGGACAGCGCGACGCUGCCGCCCGGCGCACGAGCAAUCAGACCCCUGCAGGCUUCAUCGCCUCCGACGAUGUCCACAUUGUAGCGAAAGGGCCUGAUGGCCAGAGGAAGCGUCCGCACUCUUCGAUAGCAGCCACCGAUCUGCCGUCUACGCAGCGAGAUGCCAGCCAACAUGAUGUCGAGAUCCGGCCAGCCCGGAAUUUUGCCAAAUUUGUGGACUACAACUUCAGUUCCAUGACGGACACAAAGGGCGGCUUUCUCUCCGCCGAGGACGACCCCUGGAAUAAGGCGCUCUCGUCGGCCGACGGGAAAAACCAAGGCAACGACCAGCGGCCUCAACACAUGACGGUCGCCGAGUGGGAGCGCAUGCAGGUGAUCCGGAACCUGAAGCGACUGAAGCAGGGUCCGUACGAGCCCGGACUGAGUGUGCUGUCGGAGAAGAAGGAGCAGAAGAAGUGCUGCGAGUGCGGCAGCUUGGAGAUCGACUGGGUAUGGGAGGAAGUGCUUCACUGCAGCGUAUGCAACGCGUGCAAGGAGAAGUUCCCGGAAAAGUACAGCCUCCUGACAAAGACGGAGUGCAAGGAGGACUAUCUCCUGACCGACCCCGAGCUUAAGGACGAGGAACUACUGCCACACCUCUCGAAGCCGAACCCACACAAGUCCCACUGGCACGACAUGAUGCUGUUUUUGCGGUGCCAGGUGGAGGAGUACGCCAUCAAACACAAGUGGGGGUCCGCCGAGGCCCUGGACGCCGAGUUUGAGCGACGCGAGACCGACAAGAAGCGGCGGAAGGAGGCCAAGUUUAAGGAGAAGCUGCUGCAGCUCAAGAAGAAGACCCGGACGGAGGUGUACCGACGAAAUGCAGGUGGGGGCAAUGCGGCGCCAGCCGGCCAAGGCAAGGCCAUGACCUUUGGUGAUGCAAUCGGAAGCGGAGGUAAGCACGUGCACGAUUGGGGACGUGCCAUAGAGAACGAGGAGGGCAUGUCAGUGAAGCGAUGCGCCACGUGCGGUAUGGAGGUCGAGGAGCUGGAAUUUUAG